CUGUGCGUGCGCGCUGCGUCCACCGCGUACAACAAGAAGAUGUCCCUGAGUAGUCGUGUUUUUAUCUGAGGAGGAAUAAUGGACGGGAGGUUUCAAGGCAUGGGUGCCCGAUGAUCAAAGCAAAAGCAUUUAUGGAUUGGAGCUCAUCGCCACCGGAGCAAACCUGGGGAGAGUCUGAGAGUGCUGCAGAAGAGCAGACUUCAUCAAAGCUCACAGAUCACAUGACAGAUCUGUGUAGCGAUGAAACAGACAACUCUCCUCCUCUCAAGCUUCACACACUCAAGCAGUUUGAACAGCACCUGAAUGACCUGAAGAAGGAGAACUUCAGCCUCAAGCUCCGUAUCUACUUCCUGGAGGAGAGGAUACAGCAGAAGUAUGAGGAGAGCAGCGAAGAUGUCUACCGCACGAACAUCGAGCUGAAGGUGGAAGUAGAGAGCUUGAAGCAGGAGCUCCAUGAGAAACAGCAGUUUCUGGAUAAAGCCCUCUCAUGUGUCCUGCAGCAGCUGAUAGAGAUAAAGCAUCACACGCAAACUUUCAUCGAUGUCAAGUGCAACCCAAGCUCAAGUGCAAUUUAAACCCCUGACAUGUUACAG